AUGUCAGAGGAGGCUGUGCGUCAGACGCGCAGUCAAAAGCGGGCUCUGGAGAGGGACAAUGCAGCUCUCACUGGGUCCACAGAGGACAUGGACAGUAAACGAGUCAAACUGGAGCCUGACGACUCUGCAGGGAGCCCAUCAGAGCUGGAGAGUGUUGAGGGUGACGGGGUCAAAUUGAAGAGUGAGGAGACUGACUGCAUCCUAAAACCUGUGGAGGUAAAGGCUACUAUCAAAGUGGAGGUACAGACCGGAGACGAGCCUGUCGACAUGAGCACGUCCAAAAGCGAGAAAGAGAAAAGUCCUUCAUCGCCAGAUGUCAUUGUGUUGUCAGACAAUGAGGCACCCAGUCCCCUCAUGAACGGCCACUGCUUCACAAAGACUGACACUGAUAAACUUAUGAAAAGCUCUCCAGAGGAAAGAGAGCGAAUUAUUAAACAGUUGAAGGAGGAACUUCGACUCCAAGAGGCUAAACUGGUGCUGCUGAAGAAACUCCGGCAAAGUCAGAUACAGAAAGAGAGCACAGCACAGAAGACGGGCUCAGUGGCCACUCCUCCACCACUUGUGCGCGGUAGCAUUACAUCAAGUAAAGGAUCACUACAGGUGACUGGCCGUAGCUCAGGGACAGUGAUUCCUCCUCCUUUGGUGCGUGGUGGGCAGCACGUCCCGUCAAAAUCAAAUUCACAAAUAGUGAUGCCACCUCUGGUCAGAGGAGCCCAGCCUAUCACAGUGACUGCCCAGCAGAUGGCCAGUCUCCGACAGCAGCAGCACGGUGGUUCUGGGCCCCCUCGUCUGUUGCCAGCUCCCAGGGCUUCAGUGCCUAAUGUCCAGGUGCAGGGCCAAAGGAUCAUUCAGCAGGGACUCAUGCGGGUCGCCAAUGUCUCAAACAGCAACGUCAUGUCCUCUACAGGCUUGAAGGGCUCUUCCGUUUCCUCCAACUCCAACUUGAAUGACUCCCCAGCAAGUCGGCAGGCAGCUGCAAAACUUGCACUUCGUAAACAGUUGGAAAAGACUCUGUUGGAGAUCCCUCCACCCAAACCUCCUGCUCCUGAGUUUAAUUUCCUUCCAUCAGCAGCCAAUAAUGAGUUCAUCUAUCUGUUAGGACUCGAAGAAGUCGUUCAGAAAUUACUAGAGAUGCAUGGUCGAGGAAAUUUAGGCUCUGCGCUUGCACUGGCUAACUGCAUCCCUAAAGAGCCACACAUCUGUGCCCAAUGUAAGACGGACUUUACCUCCCGCUGGAGGAAGGAGAAGAGUGGCACCGUCCUAUGUGACCAGUGCAUGUCAUCCAAUCAGAAGAAGGCUCUGAAGGCAGAACACACCACUCGACUCAAGGCUGCAUUUGUUAAAGCUCUGCAACAAGAGCAGGAGAUUGAACAGCGGAUUCUGCAGCAGGCCGCCUCCUCCUCAUCCUCAAUUUCAUCAAUCUCUAAAACCAGCUCGUCUUCAUCGCUGUCCAAGAGUGAUGUGCUGGUGUCGCAGUACAAGCAGGUCCAGGCAGCAAUGCGCUCAGCUUCUGCUCAUCACUCCAUUAAACAGAGUCAGAAGCACCACAGCCUCUCGUCUGCAGUGAGCUCUCGGGGCAUGGCACACUACACCACCUCUCAGCUCCAGAGUGCGGUGGCAGCCGCGGCGCUGGGUAGUAGGGCAGGUAAGCAUGCGGCUGCAGGACGCCCGCUGCAGCAGGGGGCUAAGGUCAGCGCCAGCAGCAGUAACCAGGGAAACGUGACUGGCUGGAGGAAGAGUACGGGCUCCUCAGGGGUGACUAUGGCGUAUGUGAAUCCGAGUUUAUCGGCCCAUAAAGCCUCCUCUGCUGUGGAACGUCAGCGAGAGUAUCUGCUGGACAUGAUCCCCUCCCGGCCCAUCUCGCAAGCAGCCAACACAUGGAAAUAA